AUGGAUUACAAAGUAAUAAGCUCAAAACCAAAAUUUUAUGCAGAUGCAAAUUUAAAAAAAUCAGCUGAAUACUAUGACUAUGAAAACUUAGAAAUAGAAUGGGGUGAAUAGGAAAACUAUGAAGUGAUAAGAAAGUUAGGAAGAGGUAAAUAUUCCGAAGUUUUCGAAGGAAUCAACUCUUUGAAUAAUGAGAAAUGCGUUAUUAAAGUCCUUAAGCCAAUCAGAAAGAAAAAAAUAAAGAGAGAAAUCUCUAUUUUAAAGAAUCUUAGUGGAGGCCCUAACAUUGUUUAACUUCUUGACAUAGUAAAGGAUCCUGCUUCUAAGUGCACUUCAUUUGUUUUUGAGUAUGUAAACAAUAUUGAUUACAGAGAGCUUUAUCCAAAGUUAAGCGAUUUUGAUGUUAGAUUUUAUAUUUUUGAAGUGCUAAAGGCUUUAGAUUUUUGUCAUAGUUAAGGUAUUAUGCAUAGAGAUGUAAAACCACAUAAUAUUAUGAUAGAUCAUGAAAAGAAAUAACUAAGACUCAUAGAUUGGGGUUUGGCUGAGUACUACUUCCCAGGAAAAGAUUAUAAUGUAAGAGUAGCUUCAAGAUAUUUUAAAGGGCCUGAAUUGUUAGUAGAUUACUAAUACUAUGAUUACAGUUUGGAUAUUUGGAGCUUGGGUGCUAUGUUUGCUGGUAUGAUUUUCAAAAAAGAACCAUUCUUCUAAGGAAACGAUAACUAUGAUUAACUUGAAAAGAUAGCAAGAGUCCUUGGUACAAAUGAAUUAUAUGAUUAUCUAAAUACAUAUAACCUCGAGUUAGAUCCUAAAUUUGAAGGAAUUUUGGGCAAGCAUACAAAGAAACCUUGGUCAAAGUUUGUUAAUAAUGACAAUAAGAAUUUAGCAGUAAAUGAAGCAAUUGACCUUCUAUCAAAGAUGCUUGUUUAUGAUCAUGCUUAAAGAAUAACACCUAAAGAAGCCAUGCAACAUGCUUAUUUCUUCCCUAUCUUGUAAUACCAUGAAAAAAACUCUAAGCCUGAAGAAUCAAAUAAAAAAUGA